AUGGCGCAGCCUAUCGACGGCGUACAUACGGGAUACAAUUCUAACAGAAAUAUCGAUAAUGCUAUAUUGUGCGGAAGGCGUGGAUGGAGCACCUUACAAGUGGUCGCGUUAUGUUCAGCCGCGUUCGCAGUGGGUAAUCUCUUCAUUAUGUAUCAUACGGUAUCUACGGUUUACCCCACAUUCAAAGGUGUUUGGAUAUAUCGAAUCGAUAAUAUUGAACUGUUUUUAUCGCCAAUACCGAAAAGUUUGGAUCAAAUUAACGAUCGAUGGAAGUCAAAAGAUUAUGAUAGUAUUCUUUGGGACGAGAGUUGUCCCACACAUCGGAUGGUACCACGUGAGACGUUAUAUAUACUUUCGUUCAAGUACGGAGUUUCGGUUGAUGAGCUAAUUGCUCUGAAUCCUGUUGUGAACGUGACGGAGCGAACGACUGGAAUAGUCCUACGGCUACCAUGUUAUCUGUUGGUGCCACAGCGUAUAUACUAUCAUGGCAUGUAUUCUGGCUCAAAAGCGUGGUUUCAACACACAAUUGGCCCAGAAGACACAGUUGGUAAGCUUGUUCGGUAUUACGGUGCUGAACUGGAAGAUAUUGUAAAUGCCAAUCCGGGAAUUCAACCUGACGUAGUGGUUAAUGGACAAAAAGUUCAAGUACCUAUUAGCAUUCGGCAGGCCAUUCGGUUUCUGUCUGCCUACCAAGGAAAAUAG